GUCAUUGGCGGCAAAGGAAACAGUGAUUAAAUUAGUGGCUUUGGCCCAACCGAUUUACAUGAUGUCGUGUUUUCGAAUUCCUUCAUUUUUUUGCAGGGGUUUAAAUGGGCAUCUUGCUCGCUUUUGGUGGAGUCAACAGGAUAGUGAGGGUGGCAUGAGAUGGACCUCUUGGCGUGCUUUAUGUCGACAUAAAUCAAUUGAGGGUCUGGGUUUUCGUGAUUUAGACUCCAAUAACAUUGCUUUGCUUGCCAAACAAGCUUGGAGGAUUGUCCAGGAUCCGGAUAGCCUCUUAGCUACCACAUACAAAGGCAGUUUCAGGCGAAUAUUCUGUGAAAUCUGGUUACGGUUAGCUGCGGCUGAGUACAUUGCUGAUUUUUCCAUGAUUCCAUCGACCUUUGACUCUCGCUCUUGGAAGUUUCUAUGGUCUCUUCCUGUU